AUGAAUCCCAGCUUUCUUCUAUUCAUAUUCCUUAUUGGGGUUACUGUAUCCAUUAUUGUUAAAGGAAAGGGUGGUGGUGGUAGAGGUCGCUAUGACUAUGAUAGCGAUAGUAGUGACAGUCAUGAGCAUCGGCCACGCCCCCAUAGACCUCGUCCGCCUCGACCACAACCAGGUAGACCACCCCGAGAGCGUACUAACUGUCCGGCUAACUGGUUGCUAUUCAAGAGGCCUCAGGGAAAUUGGUGUGUAGGGACCUUUGUUCACCCAACCAUGCUCGGCGUAGGGGUUUCUGAGGAACAGUGUAAAUCGCAUGGAGCAAAACUGACAGGAUUUCAGUCAAGUGAGGAGAGAAUGAGAAUUGCUGAAGCCGGAAGACAACUCGUUAUUCAGAAUAACUUAGUAAAACCCUCAGUGUGGGUUGGCGCUAGAAACAAGCCUGAGUGUGGUUCUCGUAGUGCGUGUCCAGACUCGAGGAACUCAUUCUACUGGACCGAUGGACACACUCAGAAUGGUACGGAUGGAUUCGGAUGGCAAGCAGGAAAUCCUAUGUUGGAAUAUGGGUAUAAGGAUGUACAUCGAGUCUAUGGAAUCUCCGGAUGCGUCGUUCUUUCCAUCGGUAGAAACGGGGUCACAGCAUAUGAAGUGUGGAAGGGAUUCAUGCAUGGAUUGUUGGAUGAUACAUGGUGUCAUUCGACAACGAGAUUGUAUGCGUGUGGGAAGAAAGCGACUUGA